CCGUCUGUCCUUGUUAUCGUCAGAAAAGGAAAAUUUGUGUAAAGGAAUAUGUGUAAAGUCGUACUGAAUGUAUUUACUGCGCAAUGUUAGAUAUCAGUUGUGAGGCUAUGUAUUGAAUGAAACAUUAAAGCAUAUUUUAAGAGCUGUAAUUCAGUAGAAUGGAUGAUCAUUCAGCCGUCGAUUUUAGCAUAAGGAACGUAGAUGUUAGGCUUAAUGACUCGAAUAGUAUGAGCUCUGAAAUGAAUGGAGAAUGUGUUAAUUCUUUGUAUAUACCUUCAUCUGUUGAUAAUGAAACACAAGUGACACAUUUUAAUGAAGAAUGUGAAGAAAAAUGCCAUACGAAUCAUUCCGAUGUGACGGAUGAGAUUCGAGAGAAACUUCAUAUUUGUAAAGACUCGGGUCGUUGUGGGUUAAUAAAUGGUUGUAACAAAUUAACUCCUGGUGAUAUGAAAUAUGUCGACUUAUGUGUUAAUGGGUUAAAUAAAGGCAGCAAUUUUGAGUUACUGAAUACACAUUUAGGUAAAUUGACUAAUAGGACGUGUGAAUCAUCUUCGACUCGCCAUGGAAUUAAAAGGACCGAAAACGAGCCUAGUGAAAAUGGGAGACCAUCUAGUGAUACUAUAAAGUGCUUGCAGAAAUUCGAAACAUCUGUGGCUUCCGCUUUCAGAGAAGGACGUGAAAAUGUUUUAAAUACGAAAGAAAAUACAGUGAACCGUGCUGAACCAGAUAUUGAUGGUGGCAUAACAUAUGUAGGAUACGAGUCAGAAAGUCAAAUGCCAGAUAUUAUGAGACUAAUUCAAAAAGAUUUAUCUGAACCUUAUUCAAUAUACACAUAUAGAUAUUUUAUUCACAAUUGGCCUAAGCUUUGUUUCCUGGCUCAAGAUGGAGAUCGCUGUGUGGGUGCCAUUGUUUGUAAACUUGAUGUACAUAAAAAACAAAGUCGCCGAGGGUACAUUGCUAUGCUGGCUGUGGAUGAAAAUUACAGAAAAAGGAGAAUAGGUUCAAACUUGGUUUUAAAGGCUAUUCAUGCUAUGAUCAAAGAUAAUGCUGAUGAAGUUGUCCUAGAAACUGAGAUUACUAACAAGCCAGCUCUUAGACUGUACGAAAAUCUAGGAUUUGUACGCGACAAGAGACUUUUUAGAUACUAUUUGAAUGGAGUGGAUGCCUUGAGGUUGAAAUUGUGGAUCAGAUGAGAAAAGUGCUGUGUUUUUCCAUUAGCAAUUCAUGUUGACUUCAAUUGUAUUAUUUUCUGUAACUGUCCAACCAAGGAAUGUUUAUAUUUUAGAAUUAGGAUUCUACAUGCCAGAAACUUGAAUUUCUGGGGCACCGAUGAAUUUCUAGAACUUUUUUUGAGAUAAAAAAAAUUUAUUUGCUGAUUGUUUUUAAAAAAUGUAGAUACUGCAUUGAUUUCCUACCCAGUGGAUUUUUAUUUUGCUCUGUUAUUAUCAAUUAAAAUGAUUUUUUUUGUAUAUUUCAAUCAAAACAAAUAAUUUAGAUGUAUGUUAAAUUGUUGUUGACAUGGAGAUGAUCAUUCAUUUUAUGCUUGUAUAUACUACCCAUUGGAUUAUUAAUUUAAAAGAAAAUCAGAUUGAAUAUAUAUAUAUUUUGUCAGCUGAAAUGAUACCUUAAUGAAUUUUAGAAGAAAAUUGAACUAGUCAAAUACAAACAAUUAUUUAAGAGAUUGCAUUUGAUUUAUUAAUGGAAAUGAAAGCAAAAAUGGACAAUAUGCCUUUAAACUUGAGAACACAGUAUUGCCGAAUUCAUGAUUCUUCCAUUGCUCUUUAAGAUGGACAUCAGCCAUUAGAUUGUCACUGUAUUAAACCUAAUGUUAAAUUUGGCGAGAUAUAAAUUAAACCGGUUUGAGUGGUAGUAUCAAGUUCUCAAGUCUAAUCUACUAUUAAAUAUUCCAAGAUAUUUUUGCCUGAUAUUAAAAUCAAUAUCUCACUUCAAAUUACAUGAAUCUUUUAUUAUUAUGGAUAUUACUUUUUAAAGGUUUAGAUUCUGGAACAAUAUAUAUUUAUAUUUCAUACCUAGUCAAUUCUCCCCAGUUUGAAAGAAAGAUUGAUUUGGGUUUAAUAUUUUUUUAUAUCCUUAUAGAUAUUUCAAUUGUUUUGAUUAUAUGUAGAUUUAAAAUGUUAGGGGGGGGGGAAGUCAUCUGCUAUAAUCAUUUGUUUUCCUUCUAUAUUUAUUGAGUAUUUGUACAUGGAUAUAUAUACAUACAUAUAUAUCUAAUUAGAUUUUGAUUGUUAUGAAACUUUAAAUUUUUGUUAAGGUUUCUAUUCUUUAAAAAAAAAGCAUGUUUACUUACAUGAUAAAGACAUGUUGCUGAUAAUUAUUGUCUUUAGUAGUAGUUAUAUCCUCCAUUGGAAUUCAGUAAUACAUUCUAUCAAUAUUCUUGCCAGAUUUCUAGUGUGAAAUUUAAAAAAAAAAUUCUUUUGUUGUUUGUUUCAAUUCUAUUUUGAAUACUUUAGUUGUAGAAUUUAGAAAUAAAAACAUCGCAAAUGCAUAAAUCUAAAGUAACCAACAAAACACGAAUAAAAAUGUUUA